AUGGCUCAUUGGAAGCAAACGGCCGCUGAACCAAGACUACUUAGCGACGCCCUCAUUCUCGCAAAUGAGAUGGAGGCGGCCAAACAAUUACACAAGUGUCGGGUGGAGGCUGUGGAUCAACGAUUGUAUUGCUAUCUGUUGUUGUGUUGUGAUGUAUGUGUACAAGAGCUCUCGGCUCAGAGCCCAUCAUUUCCACCUAUUGAGGGUCUUGCAUGA